UUACAGCGAACACUUUCCAUGUACUGCCAUUGAUUAGCAGCGCGGCUCAGGAGACUUGUUAAUAACCCGGGACCGGAUCCGGGACCAAUGACAUCCCCGCCACUCACUGAAUAGAGUCACCCAGCAGUGUCCUCCAUACAAGUCCACGCUGUUCUCCCCUCCGUCCGCCAAUCUGGGGCUGUCACUGUAUGAGAUGAUGACUGCCAAAACUGUAGACAAAAUCCCACUGCCGAUCGGGGGAUUCGUCCAUCAGAUGCCGGAGGCCAUGUACCCGCUGGAUGAGUCCACUUUACCCACCUCUGUCACCAUCUUCCCCAAUAUGGAUAUGGGGGGACAGUACGACCAAAUGGGCUCCGGAGAUGGAAUGAUUAAUGUGGACAUGAACGGUGACAAACGCUCCUUGGAUCUGCCCUAUUCCAGCAGUUACCCCUGCGCCUCCCGGAACCAGACGUUCACCUAUAUGGGCAAGUUCUCCAUCGACCCUCAGUACUCCGGGGCCGGUUGGAAUCCAGAGGGCUUCUUCAACAUCGUCAGCACCGGCAUCCUGGGAGUGACCCCCUCAUCCUCAUCCUCCACCACCUCCUCCAGUGCCUCCCCCAAUAGCCUGAGCUGCAGCAUGGCAGUGCAUGGGCAGAGCGACGUGGAGCACAUGUACUCGCCCCCGCCGUACUCCAGCUGCGCGGAGCUGCCGGUCUACCAGGACAGUUCGGCCUUCCUCAGCACCGGAGGCGGCUCCCUGCCUUACCCUCCACCGUCUUAUCCUUCCCCAAAGGCGGCCUCAGACGGCCCCAUCUUCAACAUGAUCCCCGACUACCCGACCUUCUUCCCACCACAGUGUCAGAGGGACCUGCACCCCAUGACCGACCGAAAACCCUUCCCCUGCCCCCUGGACUCCAUCAGGGCCCCCCCUCCACUCACUCCCCUCUCCACCAUCCGCAACUUCACCCUGGGGGGCUCCUCCAGCAUAGAGGGGUCUCGGCUGCCCAGCGCCUACAGCCCCCAGAACCUGCCCCUGCGGCCCAUCCUUAGACCCAGGAAAUACCCCAACCGGCCCAGCAAGACCCCGGUACACGAGAGACCCUACCCAUGCCCGGCCGAGGGCUGCGACCGCCGCUUCUCCCGCUCCGAUGAGCUGACCCGGCAUAUCCGCAUCCACACCGGACACAAGCCCUUCCAAUGUCGCAUCUGUAUGAGGAACUUUAGCCGCAGCGACCACCUGACCACCCACAUCCGCACCCACACCGGGGAGAAGCCCUUCGCCUGCGACUACUGCGGUAGGAAGUUUGCGCGGAGCGAUGAGCGCAAGCGACACACCAAGAUCCACCUGCGACAGAAAGAGAGAAAGGGUGGAGCCGGGGCGGCCUCCAGCGGCAGUGCGGGGCAGGAACGCUCCCUCAGCCUCAGCCCCUGCUCGGCAGGCUCUAACAGCGCUCAGAUUGGGCUGUGUCCCAGCAGGACAUCCUAAGACAUACUGCGACACAAUAAUAAAAGGGAAUAUAGCUGCCAAUCCGGGGCCAGUGCCACUAGACUUUUCACAGGAUCUGGGACUUAAAACUGGAAGAUGUAUUGCUGGCUCAGGGACUGCCUUCAGGACUUUGGUACACUAGAUGGGGCAGAUAAGUGGAUGCUUGAAUGUCGUUCAAUGUGGGGGAGGGGUGAGGGAGUCAAGGUUUACAUUGUGUUGUUCUUUGUUCAUCUACAGCAGAGGGUUCCCAACCCCAGUCCUCAAAUACCCCCUAACAGGCCAUGUUCUGGGAAUUUCCCUUAGAUCAAAUAGACAAGCCAUUGUAAUGAAUGGAACGCACAUGUGCCAAGUAGAAGGAAUUCAUGAAAACAUGACCUGUUAGGGGUUUACUUGGCGAAUGAGGUUGGAGACCACUGACCUACAGUAUUUACUCUGUAUGUUACAGCACUGAUCCCAGAGCCUUGGUCCCUGCUGGGCUAUCUAAUGCUAAAGACUAGCACUACAGCUAAAGGAACGCUGUCCACACGGAAGGCUUCAUGUGCACACACAUGGGGGCUUUAAUAAAGGCAAAUAGCCUGUGCAAGGGAAAUUUCCUGUAGCUUAGUACAUUUGGUGAGAUUUAAUUUUGCAAGCAAUAUCCAAUUAUUUGCAGGGGGAAUAUAUAUAUUUAUUGCUUGCACAUGAUUGGAUGAUGGAAGUCAUCUCAUUCACUAAGCUAAGGGAAUAUGGGAAAACAGACCAUUUUUCUUUAAAUCAACCCUAAGACAGUUUAAAUUACAAUUAAAUACAUGAAUCUGCAUAGAUGUGACUAUGUUACAGAUAAUAGGCUCCAUUCACAUGGAACUUUAUUUUAGCCAUGUGCAGUUAUCACUGGAUUUAAUGGCAAUGACAUAUUUGGACAAUAAUUACCUACCUUUGUGUGUUAGCCUUAUGAACUAAGCCUUUGAGGCUAAUUUACAGAGGAGUAGAACAUGUUCAUUUUGCAGGAGAACUUUCACUUACUCAAUAAGGUGAAACUGUGCUAACUUCAACCAUCCAAUCACUUGCAUGCCUCUUCUUUUUUAUUUCCAAUGAACAUGAAGGGAUAUGCUUAGAUUUUUUAGCACAAAGCUAAGGGAAAAUUCUCCUGCAAAGUGAACAUGUUCUACUCCUUUAGUAAUCCCUCUAUGUAGGAUAUGCAGGCUUCCUUUGAGCAAUGGUGUGUUACUCUAAGGGCUUUUAUUAUCAGCAUGGUAUGAAGAAUAGUUGAAUGCAUCCCAUAAGGUCUGCGAUGGGCUACAGCACAACUCUUCUCACUAGGCUUCUAUCCAAGCUUGGAAGAGCUGAAUGGAUUCAUGCUAGGUAAACUUUGUUUUGUUUGCUACUAACUGCAUCUAAUCUCCUGUGUGAGUUUUGUUUUAUUUGUUUUUAUUUUUGUUUUACAUCCUGGCUAUGUUCAGGAGAAGAGUUACAUGGUAACUUUGAAAGGCGUUUCCCAUUGUCGAGAUGCCAGAAGUAGCCAUAACUCAUGCACUUUAUCCUUGUCAUGACUGCCAGGAGCAGGCGGUGUGAUAUGAAGGGGUACAUUAGAAUCUCCCAACCUCAUUUAUUUUUCUCUAUAACAAAAUCUGUCUUCUAACCGGUACAGUAUGACUCAAGCUGGCCAUACAUGCUCAGUGUUGGCUUAGUGUUCUAGUUAAACAAUUCUUAUUCCCAAAAAUACACAGUUUGCAUCAUACUCUAACUGACCAAAGGCAGUGCAAAAAGGCAGCGAGUACAAACCAGAUUUCCCUUUCCUGGGGUCCGAGAGGUGGAAGAUGAAAUCUGAUUGGUUGCAAUGAUCUGCUGUUCUUUGUAUGAGCCUGUAGGAACACUCAUGGACUGUAGAAAUGGUACUGGGCACUGCAAUUUUAAAGAGCAGUAAGGAAUCCACUUCCAGACUUUAACUCCUGCUUUGCUGUUCUGGAAUGGCAGCUUUAUUUGGCAACUCCUGGCUUGGAUAUUUCAGCAGUCAAGUCUAUCCUUAAAUGAGGGUUUCAUCCAGACACAUUUACAAUCGUCUUCAAUUGUCAUAAACCCACCCCAGACAAGGCGUUUUAUUUAUUAUUAACGUAGACCUGUGCUGUAUGGCACACUGCAUGGUGAGCCAACCACUUGUACAGGUGCUUUCAUUUCAAGUAAACCCACCAGAAAAAUGUAGGUGCUUGGCUGUCAUGCAAACCCUCUUCCUUCAAUAUUCUGUACUCUAGUAGAUGGGGUGUAGAGCUUUUAUGAUCUGUUGAUGUUGGAGCCAAAUGAUCAGUAUUAUAGCCAGUUAAAUAGAAUUUUUGGAAGGAGGUCAUUACUAGCACCCCAAUGCUUUUCCUUGACUUCAGAACCAUACCUUAUCCUUACAUUAUGAAUAUCUAGUAGUAGUUACUGUUGUUCAUCUGGAUUUGUUCUGGUCACUUCUAAUAAGUGUCACUCCAUCAUUUAUAUAUCCACACCAGUAGCCCCAUCACAUUGAUGACCAUCACCAUGGAAAGGCAGAUGUUAUUGUCUAAAGCUAUUACAGAACAAUUCCUAUUGAAUGCCACUUAACUACUUCUAGAUAAACUAUGACCGGGAUAAAUGAGAACCAUUAGGAAUAAUAAUACAUUUUCUAAAUUGACAUAUGCAACCAACCUAUAUCUAUAUAUUCAGCAGAGAAGGGAAACUCCAAAAUUUUCCAACUCACCCAAACGACUUCUUGCAGGACGAUGACCUGGUGCCAUGGUUCUUCUCGCCUUCAUGGUCAGAUUGUCAUAGCUGUAUGAAAAGAAGACUCAUGUCAAUAAUGCAUCAUGAGACACGCUGCUGAAAUAUCCAGCCUAGUGUUUUCGUAUAAAAUAUGUCAAACAAUAUCUAUGGCCGCUUUAAUACAAGUGCAAUGAAAGGGAUGCCAAAACGUUCUGGUACUCUUAUGGGCUUUGCCGAUUUCUGUUCUGCGUGUUUACUUUGGAAAAAUUCAUCUAGAUUGUAUAUGGCCGAACUGCACUGCUUUUUACAGAGCUCCAACUCUUGGAGAAAAAAAAAAAAAA